CUAGAGCCGGCCCUGCAUGCAGUCGGGUCCUGAGCUACGUCUGGGUGAACCCCCUGCCCCCAAGCCCUAUGGGCAGGCAAUGCCAACCCUGGUAGGGGACAGACUUCUACAGAGACCGAAUGACGGAUGGACUGAAUUGGGGCGGGGAGGAGGUGGGAGGCUGUGUCUCCCCUGUUUAACUCCUGUCUCUUGUUGAAAGCAGAACGUGAAUUUCUCAAACCCACCAUCUGGGUGAGCCCCAGCAGGGUGGUGGCGCUCGGGGGAAACCUCACCAUCCGCUGUGAGGGUCGGCAACGAUCCAUGAAGUUCUUUCUGCGUAAAGCUGGACACCCGAACCCGCAGGUGCAGACGGUGCCUGAUGGGCCUGUGGCUGAAUUUCCCAUCACCGGUGUCGGCCGGGAAGAUGGAGGGAGCUACACCUGCGACUAUCACUCCAUAGCGGAACAGAGUCGCUGGUCAUAUCUGAGCGACCCCGUCGAGAUCAUUGUAGGAGAGCCCAGCUACCCCAAACCCAGCAUCUCCCUGAGCCCCAGCUGGGGGGUCUCCCUGGGGGGAGCCAUGGCCAUCCAGUGUCGGGGGCAGCACCAGGGCGUGCGGUUCGUGCUGAAUAAAGAGCGAUGCCAUUUCCCACCUGUGGAUUCGGAUGGGUUGGAGGCUGAGUUUCCCAUCAGCAACGUGAGCCGGGAGGACGGCGGGAGCUACAACUGCUCCUAUCACAGCAGGUCGGAGCCGUUCAACGUGUCGGACCCCAGUGACCCCGUGGAGCUGGUGGUGAGAGAUCCCAGCUUAUCCAGACCCUCCAUCUCCCUGAGCCCCACCGGGGUCACCGCCCCAGGGGCAGACGUCACCAUCCGGUGUGAGGGGCAGCGCCGGGACGUGAGGUUCUUCCUGCACAAGGCUGGAGACCUGAACCCACAGCAACACAUGGACCCUUCUGGGGCCGGGGCCGAGUUCCGCAUCCCCAGCGUGGGCCGGCAGCACGGAGGGAGCUACAGCUGCAGCUACCGGCCCCGGUCAGAGCCCUUCGUCUCCUCAGAGCCCAGCGACCCCAGCUGA